UGUUUUCGUUUCUUGGUGGUAUUUUACUUCAGCUAACGUUUGGCAUAUAUCCUCUGGACUGGUUAAACAUAAGGCACUUGCAAUUUCUGGAGCCACAGACAAUUUUUCAUAUUCCAUCUUCAAUAGAGUGCAAGAUUGUCACCUAUUCCAACACAUUCUGCAACCCAUCAGGUCAGUUGCUCCAAGUUCAGAAGGUUGAAAGAUGCAUCUCCAGACAUCAUUCCAAGGCCCAGGAAAUGUUGGAGGUGCAGGAGGUGGUCCAGGUCCUGUACAGCCUCAGCAGCGAUUCCUUGGACCAAGUUCUCCAGCUGGUCCCGGAGGAAUACGACCCUAUGGGCCCCCUGGUCCCCCUUUGAAUGUUAACUCUCCUCAGGCUUCUGCCCCAACUAACCAGUCUGCAUUCCCAUCCCAGCCGCAACACCCGCAGGGGCAGCGCCCAGUGCCUUUGGGAUAUGUUGGCCCUGCAACAGGAACAAUGCAGAGACAGCCUGCAUUCCCUGGAGGUGUUCAAUUGAGACCUGGAAGCAUGACUCCAACUGGUUCCAAGAGACCCUUAGAUCCAAGAAGUGGCAUGCCAUCAAACAUACCUGGUCCACAAGUCAUGCAGGCUACUAAGGGAUAUGCACAUUCUGGGAGCAAGAAAAAGAAGAAGCUUGCUGAGAAGAUCCUCCCACAGAAGGUUAGAGAUCUUGUGCCUGAAUCACAAGCAUACAUGGAUCUCCUGGCAUUUGAACGCAAGCUUGAUGCCACCAUUAUGCGCAAGCGUCUGGACAUUCAGGAAGCUCUGAAACGACCUAUGAAGCAGAAGAAGAAGCUGAGGAUCUUCAUCUCCAACACCUUCUAUCCUGCAAAAGAGACAGGAGAAGAGGGAGAAAUGAGUGUAGCAUCAUGGGAGUUGCGGGUAGAAGGACGCCUGCUGGAAGACAAUAAGAGCGAGCCCUCCAAGGUGAAGAGGAAGUUCUCAAGCUUCUUCAAGAGCUUGGUCAUUGAAUUAGACAAAGAUCUGUAUGGGCCAGACAACCAUCUGGUGGAAUGGCAUCGCACAUCCACUACUCAGGAGACUGAUGGUUUUCAGGUGAAACGUCCUGGUGACAAGAAUGUCCGUUGUACAAUCCUCCUAUUGCUGGACUAUCAACCUCUUCAAUUCAAGCUGGAUCCACGAUUGGCUCGUCUUCUUGGUGUUCAUACCCAAACACGUCCAGUCAUCAUCAAUGCUCUUUGGCAGUAUAUCAAGACUCAUAAACUUCAGGAUGCUCAUGAACGAGAGUAUGUCAACUGCGAUAAGUUUCUGGAGCAAAUCUUUGGGACUCCUAGGAUGAAAUUUGCUGAAAUUCCUCAGCGUCUGAGUCCCCUUCUUCAUGCACCUGAUCCCAUCAUCAUCAAUCAUCUCAUUUGUGUGGAAGGCCAGGAGCCAAAAAAGACAGCUUGCUAUGACAUUGAUGUUGAGGUGGAUGACACCCUUAAGACCCAGAUGAACAACUUUCUGCUGUCUACUGCCAGUCAGCAAGAGAUUCAGAAUCUGGAGAACAAGAUCCAUGAAACAGUGGAGACUAUCAACCAAUUGAAGACAGAUCGGGAAUUUUUCCUGAGCUUUGCUCGUAACCCACAGUACUUUAUCACCAAGUGGCUCAUAUCACAACAUCGAGAUCUGAAGGUGAUGACUGAUGUAGUUGGAAACCCUGAGGAAGAGCGGUAUGCAGAAUUUUACUUGCAGCCCUGGGCACAGGAAGCUGUUUGUCGAUAUUUCUACUCCAAAGUCCAGCAGAAACGACUUGAACUGGAACAAGCACUUGGGCUCAGAUCUUCAUCCUAAAAUUUACAUCUGUAUCAUGUGUCUUUGCUUGUUGUUUGAAUAAAAACAAACGUCUGCU